AUGCAUCAUCGACAAAUGCAGCGUGUUGAAAAUGAUUAUUGCUCAACUUCAUCUUGGACAUCAUCUAUUGUACGGGCUAGUAGUAAUCCAUCAAUUUCGUCUAUGAUUGGGUCUAUGUGUCCAAUAUCAAUAGAUGCCAGUAAUUAUCCAUUAAAACAUGACAAUCAACCAAUAACAGAAACAAGUUUAACUAAAAAUUCACUUGUGAAUACAUCCCUAUGCAAAAUAUGUAACAAGUUCAAUACAACAAAUCAAUAUGAUACAUGUCUUCAAUGUUAUCAAAAUCAAUCAAAAUCGAAUUCUUUUGAAAAUAUUUCAAUCGAGCAAAAAUCUCACAAUCAAACAGUUCUAUCACAAUCAUUUCACGUUCAAAAAACAAUGGAUAACGAUAAAAACAAAUUACUGGAAAAUAAUAAUACAACCGAUGUCGCUGAUUCAUCUCAAGAUGAAGCUAAGAAAAAAUUACAGCACCAUGUUCUUAAGCAUUUACUUAUAUUCAAUGGAGAAUGUGAAUCUUUACCAGACUUAUCUAAAAGAUCUUCAUCUUUAUCUUCACAAUCAUGUUUAUUUCAACUUGUCGUUCAACCAAAACUUUGUUUUGAAGAAAAUGUUGUUGAAACAAUAGAAUGUUCACCAUCUGUUCUUGCUCCUGUUCCUGUCUCUGUACCUGUUUCACAGUGCUUACAUCUGUCUUCGGAAGAUAUCAAUUAUUAUAAAAAACGUGAAGUAGAAUUGCAUCAUACUGUUACAGAACUUAUCGAACAGUUGACAAUUAAAACAAAUGAAAAUAUCAAUCAAAUAUCAAAAUAUUGGUCUUAUUUAAAACAGUUAUCUUUGAAUAAUAUUCAACCACAAACAAAUCUUAACCAAAUAUUUAAUUAUCUAUCAAAACCAAUUAAUCGAAAUAAACAAUUUGAACAUUUUCUCGAAAAAAAUGAUGAAAUUAAAGCUUUAUUACAAGUUUUAUCAACAACAUUAGAUAUUGUUCAAGAUAGAUAUUCAUUAUCAACAAUUAAUCAGUUAUUUGAUUGUGAAGAAAAAACAAUGAUAGAAAAUUUACGUACUGAACUUGAAUUUUCGGUUUCAUCUCAUACUGAUGAACUUUCAAUGAUUAAUCUAUUUAGUGAUUUUUAUCAAACUUCGUUAAAAGAAUUGGACAAUUUUCAUUUGAUAAAAAUUAUAAAAAAUGAUUAUCCAUCUUUAAUUGAAAAAAUUUCUAAUGAUUUCGUUACGAAAGUUCCUCAAGUGAAUGAAAUACUUGAAAAAAUGCUUAGAAAUAUGAAAAACAAUUUACUUUGUAAUAAUUUCGAAACUAAUAAUAAACGUGAUAUUGAAUAA